CUCUUCUCUUCAAAGCCGAGGAAAGUCAGGGGCUCAUGUGUCAACAUCCAGGGUUUCCCCGGGGAGGAGUAGCAUUAGCGCUAUUCCAAAUAAAGAAAAACAAAACAAAACUCAAAAACGCCUGAUGUUGCUUUGAAGAACCUUUUAUUUUUGUUAACAAAUUACUCCUUGGAAGUAUCGGGGUUUUUUUAACUUCAAAGACCAGAAGACGACCUAAGGCUCCUGCUGCUUUGACGUUAGCUAACGUUAUUUUAAAGGAUGACAGAGUACAAAGUGCGAAUAGCGUCUCCGGUCAUUUAAUAACAUCUGGGGAAACGUUAGCUUAGCCAGCUAGCCUGGUAGUUCGAUUAGACAGAGGAAAGGCGGCGAAACACACUGCUGACAUGAUGUUUCCUCAAUCGAGGCACUCGGCAUCCUCUCAGUCCAGCCAACCUCUCAAGUUCACCACCUCUGAUUCCUGUGACCGCAUCAAGGACGAGUUCCAGUUCCUCCAAGCACAGUACCACAGUUUGAAGCUGGAGUGCGAUAAGCUGGCUUCUGAAAAGUCAGAGAUGCAGCGUCACUAUAUCAUGUACUAUGAAAUGUCCUACGGGCUGAACAUUGAAAUGCACAAACAGGCUGAAAUAGUGAAGAGACUAAAUGGGAUCUGUGCUCAGGUGCUGCCUUACCUGUCACAGGAGCAUCAACAACAAGUCAUGGGCGCUAUUGAAAGAGCCAAGCAGGUCACACCUCCUGAGAUGAACUCCAUCAUACGUCAACAGCUUCAGGUGCAACACCUGUCCCAGCUUCAGGGCCUGGCUUUGCCAGUAGCCCCGCUUCCUCUGGGCCUCACCCCACCCACUCUGCCUGCCGUCUCCUCCAGCUCCGGCCUGCUGUCCCUCUCCUCCAUCCUGGCCAACUACUCCCACGGCCAGCCCCCGGUAGCGAAGGAGGACAAGGCCAGAGAUGUUGCAGAGAGAGCACCUAGAGGGGACGAUGGAGACAAGUCAGACUAGUGCAGACAGAGCGAGGAGGUUUGGAGAGGGAUGGUAUGGGGUGUAAUAAAUGUCACAAAAAAAGGAAAGGGUGUCUGGAGGCCUGUCUACUGAGUGUCAAUGUAGAAGAGUAAUUGCAAGGAUGAUUAGCAAAAGGACCGAGCUUAAACUUUUGUAAGUGCUGAAGAUGAAACUCCUGAAUGGCUGAGAGUAAAUGUUCUUAUUAUUUAGUGGUAAUAGACUUGGUUCAGGCUUCUAGACUUUAAUAGAUGUGCGGGGUUUUUUUAAAAAAAAAUUUUUGUUCAAGCCGCUGUUGUUAGGCUUAAUCAAGAUAAAUGUUUUCCCAUUUGGAGAGAGAGCUAAGAAGGAAACACAAUAGCAGUACCCUGGUAGAUAACCGUCAGAUUUAUUUUCUCUUCCAUCUUUUUGUUAUCAGAUCUGUUUAGUGUUUAUUUCCACGUCCUCUGUAGUCCCUCUGAUUGAGUCUCAAUGCAGUCUGCCAGUCAUAAAAAGCAGUUUUAACAACUCCACUCCCCACAUACUGCUUCACUGUUGCUCACGACUUGCUUAAAUUAAAUCAUCUUUUUCCAAAACGUUAACUGGAGCAGUUUUGUCAGUAAUUCCAUUAAUUUACUCUGUUAAGUGUUAUGUUCUUCAUUAUUCCCAACCGUUGGAUGCAUUACCAGAGCUGUGUGCAUUAGUCCCACAUAAAUCAAGUUGUUUUUUUUUUAAUUUCAGAAAGAUCUUUAGUUUGUACAAAUGGUAAAGUAGCCAGCUUGGAAGUUGAUAUGUGGUAGGUAGGCCUAGCUGCUCCUGUGAGCUCCACAUGGGAUGUGGACCAUUGACAUAAGAUCAUGGACCCCGCGUCUUUAAAUAAUAAGAAUAGAUCCUCUGAAAAAAAAAAAAACCCCAACUCAUCUUGUUUUUGUAAACUGAGACAGGUUCUUAUAAAACCAUAAAGAUUCCUGUGUGUUCGAGUGAAUGUGAUUGGAAAGAAGAAAACACUUUAACUUUACUUUUAAGCACCUUUUGUGUUCUCCUUUGCACCCCCCUCCCCCCCUUUUGUUCCUGCCCUUUCCCCCUGCGGGUCCAGAAAAUUGAUCCAAAAAUAGGAUCUAAAUGUUAAAACAGUGUGGUUUUGACAUAUAGCCAAGCGUUGUGUUUUUAUAGGUUAGCAGAGCUUUUUAGUUUCAGGUGAGAUUGCGUUAAGUACCACCUUUCUUUUUAUCGAGCCUGACAUUCUCAGCAUUUUGAAACAUGAGCUGUAUUCCAACCACAUACUUACUGUCUUCAUUAUACACUAUGGGUAGCAAGCUUUUCAUGUAGGUAAUAUGCAAAAAAAUUAAAUAUGCUGUUUUUGUAUUAAUGAGAGUGACUUCUCUUAGCUUUGUUACCAUCAUGGAGAUGUGGCGAGAUUUUGUUUUCGGCUUUUUCUACCUGUGAUCAGCUCCCACGUAUAAUUUCUUGUUGUUGGACAGUCAUUUCCUCCCAGUUUUGUUUGAAUUCUGACAAAUGUGAUUAUUGAACAGAGCUGUAAUUCACUUUCAUCAUUAUUAUUAUUAUUAUUAUUAGUAAUAAUAAAGAUAAGUUGAGUAGUAUAGCUAUAAAUAGCUUUAUCACCUUUAAUAUAAAUAAGGAUGUUAUGUACAAAUAGCAAUUAUCCAUUUGACUCAUUCAUUAAUAUAGAUUAUUAAGAUAUCAAAAUGUUAUUGUUGAAAGAAGCAUAAUUAAAAUGAAUUGGAUCUGCAGUGUUAAAGAGCAGCAGUUCAGCUGACCACUUCCAACCAGUCACAUGAAGGUCAAACUGAGCAUCAGAAUGGGGAGGAAAGGUGACCGUGAACGUGGCACGGUUGUUGGUGUCAGACGGGCUAAACUGAGUAUUUCCAAAACUGCUGUUCUACUGGGAUUUUCCCAGAGUACAGCGCGUUUACUUUAUUCAAAUGCCCUCCAGAGAAACCAGAUCUUAAUCCAAUAGAGCAUCUUUGGGAUGCAGUGGGACGGGACGUUCGUGUCAUGGAAGUGUAGCCGACAAAUCUGCAGCAGUUGUGUGGUGCUGUCAUGUCGAUGUGGAUCAUAAUCUGUGAGCAAAGUUUCCAGCUUUUUGUUAAAUCUAUGACAAAUGUUCUGAAAGCCAAAGGUAUUCCAACUUAAUACUAGCAAGGCGUACCUAAUAAGGUGGCUGGUGAAUGUAAUUUGAAGUGGCUUACAAUUACUAUAAUAUGUUUUAAAUGUAGUGUAUUGAUGUUGGAAACAUCAGGAGGCAUUCUUUGGUAGUUUAGCCAUGAUAGACUAAUUUAGACUAAAAGUUGAACAAUAACAGUAAAAUGAAUCUUUAGUAAAUAAGAUCCAGGCUACACACACUCAACAACUCCAAACCUGCUAGUUUAGUAGUGUAGGUUCAGUCCUAGAGGUAAAAGCAGAAAGCAGACUGUUGGAUUUUUAUGUUGUUAUAUCUGAAAAGGAGCAGCUGCUCACAGAUGUUUUCAACUUUAUGGUGUAGAUUGACGAGUAUAAAGACCUAAUGAGGGAUUUUGGUGAGUUUUGCCAGCUUUCAGGUUGGGGAAUAGGGAAAUGAUUCAAGUGACAUCUAAGAAAAUGAAGAUGACCGUUUUUGAAAAUGCUACCCAAGAGGUUAUAUGCGUGUUGAUAAUUUCCCAUUUUUGUGAUCUUAUAUAUCAAAACUUGUAUGCAUAAUGUUUGCAGUUGGUAUGUGGUGUGAAACUGGUGAACAGCUCAAGUUUAUGGCUGAGAAAUGUUCAUUUUUUAGGCAGCAGAGGGCAGCAGUGCUCUUUCAGUGAUUUAUUAUGGGUUAUAAAAAGCAUGGAAACAGCCCCAGGUUUAUCUGUCGUAUUCAGCCACAUUAUUGCUUUCCUCUCUUUUCGUUUUUAUGAUUGUAUGCUGACCACAGGUACACUGCAGGUGUGUCAGCUGUCCCUCCCCUGUAAUGUGAGUGCUUUCCAGAGCUUUGAUAACCCAGCUUUUAAUGUCCAAGCAUAACCCUUUUCCCUCUGUUUUAAUUUGAAAAGCACUUAAGUUGUGGCUCACUGCUCCUUUUGUUUUUCUUCUUCCUGUCUGUGCAAGUGUUGGGGAGCUGGAGUAUCUCCCUCCCUGGAGAUCUGACUUCAAUAUAUCGAGUGCGAGAACAGAUCAUUUAAUCAUUAGCACUCUUUAUACUGACGUCAGCCUCUGUAGAAAUCCUCCCUUGGCAAAACUCAGACAUGUGAAUGGUAUGUGUGUUUGUUUUGCUGUGAAGGGCCAAUUUGUAUACAUAUGAAUAUAUCAAUAUACAUAUUUUUUAAAGCAUUUUUGUAUGUUUCAAAGCUGCUUUUUAAUGUGUGUGUAUCAUGGAGGACUUCGUUGUUGUACGCGUGCAUUACAAGCCUACGCUACGAGAGGCACAAUGUUGUAUAUCCUGUCGUUUUUUUUUCUCCUGUUUUCUCUUCCAUUCAUUCUCUCUCAGUAGGCUGUAACACUUAACUUUGUUUUCUAGAUUUGUAAAUGUUUUAUCCUUUUUUUCUGUGCAAAUGAAAAACUGUUAAAUGUGUCUACAAACACAGUCUCAUUUCAAAAUACCCGGGACAAAAAAACAAACAAAAAAAAGAUGUAAACAAGCAACUGUGUACUCUGAGAAUGAAUCAACCUUUUAGCAGUAAGGAAGCGUCUCUGGUGCCUUACAAUAAAAGAUGUGAUUGAGA